AUCCUGACUGGCUACGUGUUAGUCCCUAAUUGAUAAAUGGAUGGUAGGGGGUGGGGGUGAUGGGAGAGAAGACAGGUGAUUCACUAAGGGUGUAGCAGUAGCGUAAAUGUAAAGAGUCGGCCAUGGAAAUUUUCAAAGUUACUGUUUCUUUUCUCCGACUAUUGGGUUAAAGAGGGAUCUUGUAGUUUGGUUGGAGCUCUGAUGAAUUUGCCACCAGUAAUAGCCAGUUGCAUUUUUAUUUUAAUUCUUUGCUUGUUGCCAAUCGUGAUGAACUCUUCACCAACCGGCCACAGAGCAGAAGAUGGUCACGCACCUAACCACAACAGGCCUUUCUUUUUCCAACCAAUGCCGACUCCACACAUGUUUACACCUCCUGUGUCCCACUUCAUGCACCCUCCAGCCUUCCAUCCGUACUUCUACCCGACAGUAGACAUUGGUGGUGGUUUGUAUUACCCAGUGUGUCCUAUGCCAUAUCCGAGAGGUUUUGGUCCACAAUCACCAAUAACUCAUACGAACUAUAGAAGACCUUUUCUUAAUUCUUCUCUGGUCGCUCGCCCAACAUUUUAUCAUUCCACACGAUUCAGACACUACCCCUUUCGGAAAAAUGUGACGAAUACAGAAGUACAGACGGACAGCGAGACCAAUCUCGAGCAAACAAAGAGGACAGCUAUGAUUGCUGAAACAUUGGCGUCAAACAGUCCAGCACCCGAGGCACGAGUUCAAAAGUCUUCGGGUAUCGAAACUAAUUCGGACAGUACACCUGUACCCGCCCAAGAAAGAGUUUCUCACAAGGGAAUUCGAGGUGAACUAAAUGAAACAGAAGAAGUGAGCGCUGCUUUGGCACCUAAAAACACUAAGCCAGGUGGAUUUGCAUUUCAAAAGGAGAAGAUCAGGAUACAAUGCAGUGAAGGAGCACCUUCUAUUAAUGUGUGGCGGUCGUUUGAAGCCACGGUUCCGAUAUAUAAUCCUACCCCCAACAAGGGAGAGGACGGUAUCCAAUGUGAAAUGUGGUCUGUAAGCGCAUGUGAGGGCGGAGUUCCCUUUUAUGGCUCAUUCGACCCAGACAAGACGAUUCAGAAAAAGGAGGUUCGCAAGGAGUACUCAAUUGCGACCAGUGGAGAGAUAAUGUUGGAUUCCAGCAAGUCUCCCCGAAAUGGCCCCGAGUCUCAAGCCGUGGGAGAUGAGGUUCCCCAUUGUGUAGCCACGCUGGACAAACUGGAACCCACGCCAUGUAUAACCGAUGGAAGCCACAAGUGUUCAACGAACACGUAUCAACAUGAUGUUCCUGAGAAGCCCUCACACCAAAGGAGCCCACGUGGAGUUUUAGAUAAAAAUGGAACCGGGGAAAAGGAUGAAACAAAGAACAGCGAGCAGCUGAUUUCGCCUGGAUCACCGAAUGAUGAGAAAAUGGGUGAAGGCUCAAAGAGUGAUGGAUCUCUGGAGUCUGUUGAAGAAUAUGUACCUUCUGCGAGUGUGUUGGCUUGGUUACAGGAUCAAGCGCGAAGUUACCGCAGGAAAGCUAGUCUUCCUCCAAUCCCCAGCCACCGACCAGGAGUGUUCCAGGGCUCUUUUGAAGAAAUGUCUUCCAAAGAUGAAGAAUCAUCAUUUGACUUCUUUGAUGCCAUGCCUGUAAGAAACAAAGUAUCCUACACUCACCUGAUGUGCAAUCCGCGCCCUCCGCCUGUCCGACAGAUGCUUUCCGCCUCUGAGGCUCGAAGUGGAAGCAAGACUCUGGAGACCCCGCUUGCCCCUGAGAAAGAGAAGAGAUUUUGCAGUGCCUGCCAAAAAGAGACACUUAUGAAAGCGAAAGGCGACAAUGCGGGCUGUGGAACUCACUCGGCUAAUCGGGACCUGGGCAGCGAUGCCCUUUCUGAGAGGGACCAUUUCAGCCAAGAUCAGUCAAUAGGAGGCAGUUCAGUGACUGGCGGGCGGCGAAAAUACCGUAGGGUCUCCCGAGAAUCCAGUAGCUCCAACAAAAACAAGAAAACCCGCUAUUCCUCCGAUUCCGAGCAGGCUUCGGAGGAUCAGGACAACGAAUCCAGAGCCGAAAACGUCAAGCUAGGUGGUUUCUCUCGGAGGAAGAUCGUUCGGAGACCAUCCAAAGUCUCAACAACUCCGCUAUCCAGCCGAUCGCAACCAGAAAAACCGCGGGGAAAGAAAAAGGCGUUGGACGCGUCUAAAUAUCCCAUUAAUCCGAGAGAGCAAAUAAAGACGGGGAACGAACACAACGAGCGCCAGAACUUGGGGCAAACCGCAAAACCAGAGCGAAAAAGGAAAGAGGAAAAGAGGCGGAAAAGUACACGAAAGGCUAUGAGCGUGCAAAAUGGAAGUGAGGAGUCUGUGGAUGAAUACUGGAAUAAAGUUGGUGCAAAACCCAAGUCAGCCACUUCAUCACAAGGUGAUGCAGAACAUGAGACACUGCAACAAAACUUUAAAGCCCUCUGCAAACCAGUCCCCCUUAAGAAAGGCACACGUGAGUUUAAUGAAAUGGAGACUUGGGAUUCAUCCUGUUUGCACGGAUUUCGAGGAAACUCAUUGAGGAGGAGGACUAGAAAAAAAUGCUAAACUCAUCUUUGCACCCAGUUCAAGAAAGAAGAUUGAAUCAUUUGAGUUGUAUUCAAAUCGCUUGCGUGCCUACACAAUGUGGAGUAAUUUUAAACACUGGUUGAAGAGAAUAAAUGGGUGCAAAUGGCAUUGAAUGGCAUCCUGUCCUGGUGAAUCAAUUGAAUCAAUGAGAAAAUUUCAGGUUUCAAAGAAUUGCAAGUUUAAAAUCACUUUCAAUAGCAGUGAGCUUGUGUAGAUGUUGAAAAUGUGUAACAUUUUGUUUUCAACAAACUAAUUAGUGAAAGCUAAGAUAAUUGAAGUACCAGUUGAAUGUUAUGAAAUGUGUUUUUGUCCACUAAUGAUGCAACCAUUUUAUUUCUAGCACUCUUUAUAGUUGCAUUGAGUUACAUGACUGAUUCAGUUUAAUCACCAGUGGGUUCUUUGGUUAUUUGUUUCUUAGUAACACAUUCUUUGAUUUGUGUUGAGAAUGUCAGUGGUGGGUAAAAAUCUCCCAGUUACUGUUUGCUGAUAACUGUAACAACGUAACUAAUUGAAGAAUCAUGACGUACAACCAUAUCAUUGAACCUGAUUCAGCCUCUGCUAUGCAUUCAACAUUUUUUCAAACUUGUAUUUUCUGUUUCAGUGUCAGCUUAAAGUGGUCUAGGAUUUCAGGAUUUAUUUUUUGCGUGGGAAGCUUCUGUUUAUUAUGGUGUAUCCUUACCCAAUUUAAUAUCUUUCAAAAGGUUAAUAAGUCUUCUGCAGAGCCUGGAUUGAAUCAGCCAUGUCACCCACACUGUUUUAACUUCAACACGGAUUGACUGAUAAAGUUGUUAUGAAAUGA